GUCCCCAUACGACACAACAACUACCUUAUCUUUAUUUCCAUUCCCUUCGGGUCUCCAUCGCCCGUCUCCCUCGCUUCACCAGCAGAAAUAUCCAAAGCUUUAGUCCACCCACCAAGUGUUCGACGAAAUUCCUAAAUGGAAGCCACCAAGCCCUCGCUCUCUCAACCCAAAUUCCAACCCAACCUCUCUCCACUUCCGCUCCAACACACCACGGACCGCCCACGCCCGCUCGUCUCCGUCACCAGAAGGCUCGCGCUGUCCUCCUCACUCUCUUCCCUCGUCUUCUCUUCCUCGCCCGCGCUCCUCCUCCGUCGACCCGAGCCCGCCAAGGCCUUCGAGUUCGGGUUCGUCAAGCCCGGCCAGACGGUCGAGGACGCGGAGGGCGCAGUCCGGGGCCACGCGCGGUCGCUCCUGGCGGUGAAGCCCCUGCUGGAGUCCGGGUCGUGGGAGGAGGCGCAGCGGGAGAUGCGCGAGAGCUCGGCCCUCCUGAAGCAGGACGUCUACACGAUCAUCCAGAGCAGGCCCGGGGGCGAGAGGCCGAGGCUGAGGAAGCUGUACGCGGACCUCUUCAAUGGCGUCUUGAGGCUGGACUACGCAGCGAGGGAUCGGGACGGGCCUCAAGUGCGGCGGUGCUACGAGAAGAUCAGCGCUGCUCUUGAGGAGAUUUUGAGUUUGAUAUGAAGUUGGUUGAUUUGCAGCAAAAGAUUAUCGUAACGAACUAGUAAAGUCUGCCAUGUGAAAUCUCUCAAUGGAUGUUUCUUUGCUGUUCUAUGUAAUGUAGCUGAUCGACUUGAGGCAU